AGCAUUUAACUAAAGUCGCAAACACGCAGUGGUAGCCAGAUCGCAGCUGGAAGCAUAACCAGAAACAAGUCAAGUAGACGUAGUAUUCGAUUCGAUUCUGUUCUGCGGUUUACACGAUGUUUGGCAGCCGACGACAUUUGUUGCUGCUCGUGUGCCUAAGUGCGCUGUUCUGCCUCAGCUUGGCCGAGCUGGCAGAGACGGAGGUCAUCAAGGACGAUGUCAUUGAGAUAGCGAAUAAGACGCAAAAGGUCAUCAGGGUCAGUCCGCUGGAGCUGCCGUCGAAAGAGGAUCGCACUCCUGGCAGCCACAUGAACUCAGAACUGUUUCAGAUCCAGACACUGCAAAGAGGCGCAAAGCAUCCGCGUCAGCGUCUCUAUAUGGACUCAAGGCGCAUGCGGUCAAGGCCGAGGAUCAGUGAAUCCAGUGGUGAAGCAAUGCAGCCCGCUUUGAAAUUCUCGUACACGCCCGAACUAAAAGCCUUUCCCAAGCAGAAGCCGAAAAAAAAGCAGCAGAAGCAGCUGCACUACCCACUCGAGCCUAGCCCAACCACUGUCGUGGAGCCGCUGCCCGUUCAGAUGACGCCCGGCCCCUAUCCCAUCUACUAUGUGCUGUCCAAGACGAACGGCCGCUUUGGCAAAUUCCCCAUCAAGUCCUUCCGCUCGCCCGCCGAAUUCGCCAAGUACUUGAUCAAGAGCAAAGCUGAGCCCAUACCCCGAACGCAGCGCUUCGAGGCGGGAGACGAUCAAGGCAAAGUAAUUGGUAGUCGGUAGCUUUACUGCUUUUUGUGAUUUGCACGCGCGCUUUGUAUGCUUAGUUAAAUUAAAUUAUUCACCAUAAUUAUAAUUGCUAAUUACCACACUACACACACAUAUAUCUAUCGCUUUAUAAUUACUCAAAAAACGUAUUAAGUAUGUACAUAAGUUUUGCCUGAAGUGCCCAACCCAUUGUACAUGCACAAGUAUCUCAAAAAU